UUUGGGUAAAAGAAAAUCGGAUUUAAGGACGAAGGUGCCCAAUUCUCAUGUUCCGGAAAGCAUGUCAUUCCUCCGCACCAUGAGGUUCCUACUAGAGUCACGCCUAGGUGAUUUCAUCCCAAUACGUCGAUCUAUUUCAGAUGAAGGGGUAAAGAACCGAAAAGGCGAUAACAGAGUAGGCCCUCGGGCUCCUCAGGAGACAGAAAGUGGUAAUGUCGGAAACGCCGCGACUACGGCCGCUGAUGACGGCCCGAGGUCACCUCCUCCAGCAGCAACGCGCUCGCCAGACCAGGCCCCAGCAAACGAACCACCCGCCCAAACGUCUCGAUCGCCUCCUCCACAGUCCAACUCACCUGCAUCCCCGUCCCAACCCACCUCCGAGCCUCGUCCAUCAGCUCCUCUCCCCACGUCAACAGCGAUUGUCCCUAAACCAACUAGCACGGUGCAGCCAGAAUCUCCAAGGCCAGAGACCAGUCAACGCCCUUCUGCUUCUCCGUCGGCAACGCAACCGCCGUCGCCACCCGAACCGUCAUCGCGUCCGUCGUCAGCACCUAUCCCGCAACCUCGGCCCCAACCUUUCGUUUCGACUGCGGCGGCUCCGGAGCCAGUCCCUCCUUCACCAUCGCCUGACCCGCAGCCUCGACCCCAACCUGCUGUUUCGACCGCGCAGGCUCCGAGGCCGGUCCCUCCCUCACCAUCGCCUGACCCGCAGCCACCACCCGCACCCGCCCCAGCAAUUUCGCCCGCCCCUCCUCCUCCCGUCACAUCGAUCAGAGUAAUCACAUCCUUUAUCGCUCUGCCUAAUGAACGAACAUCAAAUGUCGUGAUUACAAGCACGAUUAUAAAUCGCGUUCCUGCUACAACUGGCGCAUCAACAACAUUUGUGACAGCCAUUGAUCCACCCUCAGGGGCUGAUCCUACUGCUCGACCAUCCAAUAACCCCAGCGCAUCUGGUGCCUUUCAAUCGCGAUCCAACAACUCAAACCCGGCUCUCAUUAUCGGUAUCAGCCUUGCAUCCAUCAUUUUUAUCAUCACUGUGGUCCUCGUCGUCUCUGCCGUUGCGAGGGAAGUCCGUAGGCGUCGCGCACGACGAAGGGGGAUGAAUCUUGACACUGAUGCCGAAGGAGGGUGGACUGGGAAUUUGCCUUGGGUGGGAUCACAGAGGCGGCGGGAUAGUGCCAGGCCUGUUCUUGCACGAUCCACUGGCCCAACCUUUGUCCAAGAGCAUGAUCAAAUUCAUGUGGAACCAAUGCAAAGGAGAAGUUCUGAUGGCGGACUGUCGGAUUAUCACGGCGUCCUCGUUCCAGGUUUUACGGGCACGAUCUCAAGUCGACCGUCGAGUUUUCAUCAUCGAGAACCUAUACCUGCCAACUGGCGACAUUUCGAACUAUGGCCACAUAGUUGGGCUAGUUCUGACCACAGUGAAGGGUUACGCCAUGAUGUUUUACAUGUUGGCAAGCGUGAUGGGUCAGAGAUGCGAUUGGUCUUGAAGGAGGAUGGAGAUGCUACAUUGUAAUGUGCUUGUUUGCACGUUUUCGCAUGAUGACAGCGGGUUUAUCGCAAUAUGUAUGCAUUCUAGUGGAAAAAGUACGAUUGUGAUGUGUCUCGCGUGCGCCGUGCUGCAGGGUGUGCUCUCAUGGGUGGAGUCUAUCUGUCCUUUUCCACCAGUCAUAAAAUACUUCUCUUGCUAUCCAAAGUUUAUGAUGAAACUAGGCCAUGCCAUUCUCAGAUUCCACAGUAAUUGCGCAAAAUGAAAAAUAUGCCCCGCCGAAUGUCGUCAGGUAGCUUUUGAGCGGUAAUGUUCGGAUUGUGUGCAGAUCCAAAUUGACCUGCUCCGGCGUCUCCAAAGUCAGUUAAUUGGUUGUGGACAGUGAUCAAUGUCCCAGAAAGAUUCCUUGAGUGUACUAUCUGUCGCCGAUUGUCAUGACUGGAAAAGGACCACACAAGUGUUUAGUUGAGUCCCACAUCCAGCAUUGCUUGUUAUGAGUAUUGACAGUACAUUCCGCUGUAUCACGUCGUCAUAUCAGUCGUUUCUGGCAUCUUUUUAAAAAGUUAAAAACUCGGGUCGUUAUAUCAUCCUUUUGGAGCUCUCCCUCUCUCUCUUGCAUAGUGACGCUCCAAAUCCACUUGUUUUGGUUUUGAGGGCCAAACGUCC